UGAAAUAUACCGUGCUGGACAUGGUUGAAUUCAAUCAACCAUGGUGCCAUGGUUUACAGACGUAGGUAAUGAAAUUCCAAAUUAGGUACUCCCAAGGUCCAUUCAAAACUAGUCUAUUUUUUUGUUUGCCAAAAUAUGGCCGACCGCUUAACACAGCUCCAAGACACAGUAAAUAUGCAAGCUGAGCAUUUCUGUAAUGCAAUAGGCAUAAUUCAACAAACAUCAUAUCCAAGUAAGUUUCCAAAUUUUGAUCGUACUGGCUCCCAAACACCGAUUCAAAACUUGCAGCAAGAAGACUACGCUCAACUAUUUGCACAAUUAAUAUCACGCUGUGCGAAAGACAUUGAUACCCUCAUAGAAUCACUUCCGAACGAUGACAGCUCAGCAGAAAUACAAAAUCAAAGUUUAAAGCGUCUGGAAGUCGAAAAUCAAGAGGCUGCUGAACGCCUGGAAGAAAUUGUGGACAAAGGUGAAAUGUUGCUUCAGAAAAUUCAAUUAGCGCUAGAGGACAUUGCACAAGCACAACUAGACAUGCAAAUAUCUAUGAAAGACAAUAAUACAAAAUGAGAAUAAAGAUGAUGUACACUGAUGGAAAACAAGUAAACCAAAUAAUGUUGUAA